UCAUGUUCGCUCUGGUGGCCGCCGGCUCCGUCUUCUUCCCCGGACUCUUCCUGCUGACCCGCCGCUCCCUGAGGCGCCUGAUUGGAUGGAGCGACGGCGACGCCGCCGUGGUGGCGACGCGGCUGCUGUCGUCCCUGCAGGCCGUCAUGGCGUCGUCCGUCGGCUGCGUGGUCGUCUGGUCCUGCAGCGACAUCGUGGAGGACCGACACUGGCUGACCGACGCCUACAUCUUCUUCGCCACGCCGUACUUCGCCUACGACGUCUACGCCAUGUACCUGUGUCACCACCACAGGCUGCGGGUCAAAGGUCACGAGGAGGCCGAGGAGGCGACGCUCGCCGCCGUGGCCGGUUUCCUGCGCAGAGAGUCCCUCAUGGUGCUGCACCACGUCUUCCUGGUGGCCUUCUGCUUCCCGGCCUCAGUGUUCUGGAGGCAGGGUAAAGGGGAUUACUUCCAGGCGCUCCUGUUCCUGGCUGAACUCAGCACUCCGUCCGUCUCUCUGGGAAAAGUCCUGAUUCAGUACAACCGGCAGCACACGCUGCUGCACCGAGCCAACGGCCUGGUCCUGCUGCUGACCUUCUUCUGCUGCCGGGUGCUGCUCUUCCCCUACCUGUACUACGCCUACAGCAGGUACGCGUCCGUCUCGCUGUCCCAGGCCGUCCUGGCGGCCCCCUGGCAGUGUAACCUGGGGGCCGGUCUGCUGUGGCCCCUGCAGCUCUACUGGUUCAGCCUGAUCUGCAGACGGGCUCUGGGACAGUUCAGCAGGAGGCCCCCGGGAAACGCCACGGCCGGGCGCCACGGUUCGCCGCUCGGCAACACAAACACGGCCAAUCAGAGCGACGGACACCGAGGAUGAGGAGGAGGAGGAAGAUGGGUCCGACUGCCAGUGGGACCUGGUGAUUCCACUUUGAGGUGUGAAGAUGAAGAGGAGCGGAGUCCCGGUUUCCCGUCCUGCACCGUCCGGUUAACGGCAGGAACCGGUCAGAGGAGUUCCUGACCGGUGUGAGCAUCUCCCCUCUUCGGAGGCAGGACUGACUCCACGUCCGUCUCCGUGUUGGACUGAAAGUCUUCCGGAACGUUUCUGAACAUGAGGACAUUUCUUGACGCUCCGCUCGGUUCUUCACUCUUUAGAAACCUUUGAUUCUGAUGAAGACGCCGCCUGGUGUCCUUUGAUAUUUUAGAAACAUCCACCCACCUGUCAUCUCACAGCAAACUUUUUCCAUCCAUCCAUCCAUCCAUCCACUCAUCCAUCAAUCAACCUAUCCAUCCACCCACCCACCCACCCAAUCAUCAUCCACCAACCCAUCCACCUAUUCAUCCAUCCACCGACACAUCCACCCAUCCAUCAAUCACCUGUGCCUCCAUCUUAUUUCCUGCUUGCUCUCCUUGUUGUUGCUCUAAUGAUGGAAUGACGGAGAGCAGAAAGGACUAAACU